AACGAACAAGGUCGAAUAUGUUGCUUCGGUUUCGCCCCCUCGCCCCCUCGCCCCCCUCACCCCCCUCCUCGUCCUGCUGGCGGUGCUGGGGCUGGCUGCUUCCCAUGAACAAAAUCCCAUCGAUGAGUUCAUGGUCCAUGAUCACCAAGAACAGGGGCAACAACAGCAGCACUUUGAAGGUCAGGGACAACAGCAACAUACUGAACAACAUCAAGAACAACAGCAGCAUUUUGAACAGCAGGUACCGCAAGAACAGAAUCAACAACAGGUACCGCAAGAACAGCAUCACCAACAGCAGGUGCAGCAAGAACAACAACAACAGGUACACCAAGAACAGCAUCAGCAACAAGUACCACAAGAACAGCAUCAUCAACAACAGGUACAGCAAGAACAACAGCAGCAUGUCGAGGAACAAGUUCAGCAGCAACAGCAUACUGAACAACAAGUUCAUCACCAAGAGCCACAACAGCAGCAACAGCACGUUCAAGAGCAGAUGCAUCACCAGCAUCAGCACACAGAUGGGGACCGCCUCCUGGACGAACACCUCGCCGAGAUGCCCCACCUCGACCCCAAGACCAUGUCGCCGUCGGAGAAACAAUACCACUUGUUCCUGGCUCACGACUACAACCAGGACCUGAACCUCGAUGGGGUGGAGAUCAUGCAGUCGAUUUUCCACGAUGACUCGACCGAACUCUACACCGACGAGGUCCUGGCCCAGAAGAUCGACUACCUCCUGGACAACUUCGACAGAAACCGCGACGGGAAACUGUCCUUCCCUGAGUUCAUGAUGUCGGACGCAAGGUUCACCGCUGUGUAGGCCG